UACAUCGGAUUGGAAUCAAGCGAGGGAGAGUCCGACACACCCACGCCACGAUCUUUCCGCGGCAGCAAUCAAAGAGAGAGGAGAGGCAAAGAGGCAAAGAAGAAAAAAAAAUGCCCCCCGCCAGUUCAUCCUUCACAGCGUUGAAUCUGCCAUCGACGUUCUCGCUCCCACCAUGCAUGGACUACUUCACGCUCACCGCCGGUCCGAACACGGAUCUCUGGCGCAAACCCCCGAACCGCGACACCGCGACGGCCCCCAUCGUCUUCACCUCCCUGCGGAACCCGUUCGUAGUCGCUGAGGUCACCGUCACCGCCGACUGUGAAAUGGAAUGGGACCAGGGCGGCCUGGUCAUCUUCGCCGGCGCCGCCCCGCAGUCCUUCCCCCCGGACAGCAGCGUCCCCAGAUCCUCCUCCUCCUCCUCUUCCUCCUUCUCCUCCCAGCGGCCCUGUAAAUGGGUCAAAGCCGGCAUGGAGUUCUGCUCCGGCGUCGUCAACGCCUCGUCCGUCAGCGCCACCGCCGACGGCGCAGACUGGUGUCUCUCCCCCCUGGCUGUCCCGGAUCGAGGCCCCGCCGCCGUCCAUUCCCUCCGCAUCAAGCUCGAGCGCAUUGGCCAUUCCCUCUGGAUCUGGUACCAGGUUCCCUCGGCCGUGCCGUUUGCCAUGUCCCCCGGCGCCGUCAGCAGUUCGUGGAAGAAGCUGCGCGAGGUCACUUGGUUCUUCUAUGGCGUGGAGGAUAAGUUCGUCCACGUGGGCGUCUAUGCGAGUCGGCCGCAUAGUUUGUCCCGCACGGGGACCAUGUUCGGGAUGAUGAAUGGGUCGGCGGCGGAUGGGUCGGCGGAUGGGUUGAUGGUUGAGUUUGAGGAUUUGGAGAUUCUCUGAUGGGAUUGUGGUUGUUUCUUUCAAUUUGGGGGUUUUCUUUCUGGUUUGUUUUGGAUUGGGUUGGGUUGGGUUGGACAGGAUAUCACGAGUCGAUGACUUUGCUUGCUUUCUUGCUUGGUUUGGUGCUUUCUCUUACCUACUUUAUAUCAUUUUACUUUUCCUACUAGUUACUGCUUCUUGGGUUGGGUUGGGUUGGGUUGGGUAAUCGGCUGGUGCAUUGUGAUGGCGAGCUUGGAGCUGUGGUUAGAUUGACCUUGGGGGUUUCUGCCAGAAGAUGGUCUGUCUGCUUGAUAUUCUUGAGAUUGAGAUUGGUGCUUUUGUUGGUUCUUGGUCUAUGAUCGGUAAUUCUUAAUUGAUGGGUUGAUGGGUUGAUGGGUUGUCGGAGCUGUUGGGGUUGUUGUUGAGUAGUAUCUAAUUCUACUUUCUAUCGAUUGGGGAUUUUCACGGAUCUACUUCUUGGGAAGAUCGGGCUUUCUAUAUUCCAU